CCAUUCCGACUGUCUAUGACCAAUGGCCCCUCCUCCUGCACCAGAAGAGUCAUAAACUUCAUGGGAAGGAAGAUGCCUGCUUGGUUCUCUCAAGUGACACACUAAGUAGGGCAUAAAGAAACCUUUUGUCGCACAAAUUACUGUUAGCACAUUGCUGCAAGCUUUUGGGCUAAGUGGAUCUCCUCACCGUUCAGGAGAGACUGUGAGGAAGAAUGGGGAAGAAACCUAAAAUAAAACAGAAACUGUACCUCACAGGAUCCUUGAUUUUUGCAGUUUUCACUGCAGUCCUGGGCUUCUUCCAGUAUGGAUACUGCAUUGGAGUUAUCAAUGCCCCCCAAAAGGUCAUAGAACUCCACUAUGCUAGAGUGCUGGGCAUUUUACCUGCAGAAGACAGUACUUCAGGAUCAAACUCAACAAAUGCCCCACCUGCAGACAUCGGGAAAGAUCCUAAAAUUACUAUGUAUUGGUCCAUGUCUGUGGCGACAUUUGCUGUUGGUGGAAUGAUUUCUUCCUUUGCAAUUAGCUGGGUUGGAGACAAGAUGGGAAGAAUUAGAGCCAUGCAAUUGCUGUGUUUGCUAUCAAUCAUCGGGAACGUCUUUCUGGGUGUGGCAAAGAUGGGCCCCUCCCAUAUCCUUAUCAUUGCAGGACGAUUAAUCACAGGACUGUAUGGCGGGAUCGUGUCAGGAAUUGCCCCACUGUAUGUUGGGGAGAUAGCACCUACUCCCCUUCGAGGAGCACUGGGAACAUUUCACCAGCUUGCCAUAGUUAUAGGUAUUCUCAUCAGCCAGGUCCUCGGCCUGCACUUCCUGCUGGGGAAUGAAACUUUGUGGCCCCUGCUUCUCGCCCUGUCCGGUAGUGCUGCUGUGUUUCAACUUCUGAUGCUGUUUCUUUGCCCGGAGAGCCCAAGGUAUCUGUACAUUAAAGAAGGGAAGCAGGAUGAAGCCAAAAAAAGCUUGCUGUGGCUGAGAGGAAACUAUGAUCCUACUGCAGAGCUGGAAGAAAUGGAGAGAGAAAAAGAGGAAGCCUCCAAAGAGAAACCCAUUUCCAUUUUGCAGCUCAUCACUUCCACCACCUACCGGCAGCCGUUCGUGGUAGCCAUCAUGGUUCACCUCGCACAACAAUUAUCCGGGAUCAAUGCCAUCUUCUACUACUCUACGGACAUUUUUACUGAAGCUGGAGUCAGCGAACCUAUUUAUGCUACCAUCGGUGUGGGUGCUAUAAACACUUUGUUUACUGUUGUUGCUCUCCUUCUGGUAGAGAAAGCGGGGAGGCGUGUCAUGUUUCUUGGUGGGAUGUUUGGAAUGUUUGUGUGUACAGUCUUAAUGACAGUUGGACUCAAAUUUCAGAACACAUAUUCUUGGAUGAGCUACAUCAGCAUGCUGGCCAUCUUCAUCUUUGUCAGUGCAUUUGAACUUGGGCCCGGACCUAUUCCCUGGUUUAUUGUGGCUGAGCUGUUCAGCCAAGGCCCUCGACCAUCUGCAGUCUCAUUGGCUAGCUUCUCCAACUGGUUCUCCAACUUCCUGGUCGGGAUGUGCUUCCAGUAUAUUGCUAAGCUACUUGGACCAUAUGUAUUUCUGAUCUUUGCUGGUAUGAUCGUUGCCUUUAGUUGUUUUAUAUACCUCAAAGUGCCAGAAACAAAAGGAAAGUCAUUUGAAGAAGUUGCAGAAGAGUUCCGUCGCAUGAAGAAGGCAUCUGGCCGAGACUCCAAAACUGCUACUGAAAUGGAACAUUUGGGAGGCAACCCACAAGCAUAAAGCCCAGGAAGACAGGGAACAUGUAUCCAUUACUCAUACUUCUGGGCGAAGUUUUGGAGAACGCAUUUCUUUAAAAUGUAAAAAUGUGGAAAUUGA